AUGGGCGAAAAUGUGAGUUUUUGGGAAAGCCUUGUGACCGGACAUCCUGUGUGUCCUGAAUGGAAGCAAGAGGCUGAGGGAUCUAUUUACCACCUGGCCAGUGUUCUAUUUGUGUUGGGCUGUAUGGGCGGAAGUGGUUUCUUUGGGCUUCUAUAUGUUUAUGCCUUCUUUGCUUUGAGUUUUCUCUGUACCUGUAUAUGGGCCUGGCUGGAUGUCUGUGCUGCAGAUGUCUUCUCCUGGAACUUCAUUCUUCUUAUGAUCUGUAUUGCGCAGAUCAUUCAUCUUGCCUACCAGCUGAGAAGUGUCACCUUUGACAAAGAAUUCCAAGAUGUGUACAGUGCAGUCUUUCAACCCCUGGGGAUCUCACUAACUGUAUUCCGGAAGAUCAUUUCAUACUGUAAUGCAGAGGUGGUCACGUUGGAAAGGGAGCAUUGUUAUGCAGUUCAAGGCAAAACUCCCAUUGAUAAACUUUCUAUGCUUGUGUCUGGAAGGAUACGUGUGACAGUCGAUGGUGAGUUUCUUCAUUACAUCUUUCCGCUCCAGUUUUUGGAUUCACCGGAGUGGGAUUCACUCAGACCCUCUGAAGAAGGGCUUUUUCAGGUAACUCUAACUGCAGAAACAAAGUGCCGAUACAUUACCUGGAGGAGGAAAAAACUGUAUUUAUUAUUUGCCAAGCACCGCUUCAUCUCAAGACUCUUUUCAGUGUUGAUUAGGGGAGACAUUGCAGAUAAACUCUAUGCAUUAAAUGAAAAGGUGUUUGUGGACAGUGGGUUUCGAUUUGACAUCCGAUUACCCAACUAUUAUCACAUGGCCUUACCACAGCCAUCAAAUAUGGCCACGCCCACUAUUCGUGUUCAGGACUUUUCUACGAGGAGGAAAGCAGCCAAACGACCAUAA